GGAGCGCACGCGGAGGCCGGGCGCGCGAGGCUAGGGGCGGAGACGGGGCGGAGGGGCGCGUGCCGCCUCCCACCAAGCUGUGCGCGCGACUGGAGCGCCAAAGCUCAAGCUGCAGCGCUCAAGAGCCGCGGCCGCCGCCUGCGCCUGCGCUUCACUCGACUACUCGCACCACUUCGGCGGCUUUCAAAGCGCGCGUUCUCCAUGGAAAAAACGCUCACAUUGAACAAACUGUGGAUGACCUGUUUGUUGAUGGACGUUCUUGUUUCUGUUGGUUAUUUUCGUUAUCAAAUAGCUGAAGCACGCAUUCACGGGGCGGCCGUGGAGUGCGCCGACGACCGCUUCGAGAUGUUCAACAACUCCUGCUACCUCUUCGUGGGCUACCCGGAAGUGACGUGGCAAACGGCGCGGCAGACGUGCCGCGAUAAAAAGGCGGAGCUGGCGAGCAUCCACAGCAUCGAAGAGCAGAACUUCGUGACGGCCACCAUCCGCAAGAGCACGGAGUACUCCACCAGCGCCAUCUACUGGCUGGGCGGGAUGCAGUUAGCGCAGUUGCCUCCGCCCCCGCCCCGCCCCGCCGCCCGCCGCCGCCGUCGACUCGACCCCACGGCCCGCUGGAAGUGGUCCGACGGCUCUCCCAUGAGCUUCUCAGCCGAGAGAAACCGCAGUAAAGGGACGCGCGUGGCUGUUGCAGCGUGGCUGCCGGGCGAGUUGGAGGCGCUGGGGGCGUCGGGGGCGGAGGGCGUGGGCGUGGGCGGGGCCGCGCCCGAGCGCUGCCUGGGCGUGCAGUGGACGGCAGCGCCGCUGCCCCUGCUGCCCAGCGGCCUCUACUGGCGCCCGCAGCGCUGCUCCGCCGUCGGCGGCUACGUCUGCAAGCGCAUCAACCAGCUUGCAGGGAGCAGCCUGUCGCUGAACCGCACGGUGAACGGCAGCGAGGGCUUCCUCACGUCGCAGAACUACCCGGCCAACUACAACCACAACCUGGACUACUGGGUGCAGCUGGUGGGGCCCGAGCGCACGCGCCUCGUGGUGCAGUUCUCGCGCAUCGACCUGGAGCCGCAGCAGGACUGCCUGUACGACUUCGUGGAGCUGCGCAGCGGCGGCCCGCCCACUGACGCCAGCGCCCGCGCCGACGACGCCCGCGACGCCCGCGACGCGCAUGCCGUGCGCUGGUGCGGCAGCCACGACACCGACAUGGAGCGGUUCCACUUCGUGUCCUGGAGCAACGAGGCGACGCUGCGCUUCCACUCGGACUACUCGCAGGCGGGCGCGGGCUUCGCGGCGGCAUGGAAGGCCGUGGACGUGUCGGGCUGCCCGCAGCUGACGCUGACGGCCCGCGAAGGCGAGCUCACCUCGCCCAACUUCCCCGACUUCCUCAUGGCGCGCCUCGACUGCAACACCACCAUCCUCGCCCCGCCCGGUCGCAAGGUGUGGCUGGAGUUCACCGACUUCGACCUGGGGGAGCGCGGAGCGGGCGUCGGCGCGGGUGCGGGCGCGGGUGACGGGGGCGAGGGCGGGUUGGGUGGGGGCGGGCCGGGCGAGGCGGCGCACGCGCCGUGGAGGUGGACCUGGGCGACGGGUCAGCCUGCUUCCGGCCCUUCCAAGGCGGCGCGACCACCUGACGGACGGCAACGCUUUCGC